AUACAAAGAUUUAUCAACAAGGGCGGCUCCCAGGACCUUACAGAUCUGAGAAAGGGAAGUUUUUGUUAUUUUCUUUUUGUAUUUGCAGGGCCAGGAGGCUCCAAAGGGACUGCAGGACCAGGAAAGUUCAUUGGUAUUGUAGGGGAGUCAAUUACUCUUCCUUUGAAAAUCAUGGCAGGAGAGAAGGUUGAAAACAUCACUUGGAUUUCCAAAACACUGAUUGCUGUUGUGUACUCAGGACAAGGAAGAAAACCAACCAAUAUCACUCUAAUCAACCCUCUUUAUGAGGGAAGGUUGAAAGUACCUAUCCAUAGCUACUCCUUGGAGAUCAGCUCCCUGAGGAUGGAGGAUGCAGGGUCCUACAGAGCUUUGAUAACCACUCACAGCUGUUCUGUGGGCACCAACAUGGAAUUCCUUUUGAGCAUUCAUGAUUCUGCAGUUCUUGCUUAUUCAGCCUCAUCAGAUUCUUCCUCUUUGGGAAAGGGGACUUUUCUCCUUGGAUUUAUGGGGGUCUUGAGAAUUGCACAGGUGUGAUCCUAACACAGAAAGAAUCAAGAGGAGGAGUGUGAAGGCAGAUGUCCUGUUGGGAGACACUAUGGAAUACCCAGUUUCCAUUUAUGCUCAUUAGCCAAUCUGAGAAUACAGCUCUCCUAGUUCCUUAUUUCACUUAGAAUCCUUAUAUCUAUAAAUAUGGAUUGGCUACAGGAUGUUCCUGCAUCUGCUCCUGCUAUUAUUGAAAGUAAAAUAAUAAUUUUACCUGAAACUUGAAUAUGGGAUUGAGAAAUCAUUGUGUAUUUACUUACUUGAAUUUUUUUUUUAUUCUUAAGCUGGCAAACAUCAAUAAAUAUA